AUGAAUGUAUUAGGUACUCCCGAGUUACGUCUUUCUGCGACACAAACACUUAUAGAAUAUUCACUCUCUCCGCUCCAUCAAAAAGAGGCGUUUGAGUUGAUGGCGGCAUUAGAGAAAUAUCAGGACUUCCCAGCAAUUUUACUUCGACUGUGCCCGACACAACGUGACGACAUUCACAUGUCGAUCACUUUAAUGAUUCUGAAGAAAGAGAUGGACGCGUUGUGUCCUUUAGACCCUGUGGAAGUCACGAAGUACCUUUUGACUCUUCUCCCCGCCUGCCAACCACAAACACAAAAGUGCGCCAACACACUCCUCACACACUGUUUUAUGGCAUCGCCACUCACAUCACAAAUGAUCAUUCAAUUUGUAUUCCAAGCACUUCAAAAUGUGCAGAUCAAUGCAUUCAUCCCACUCAACUUGUUUUGUCUUGUUAUUACCGAUCACUUCGAGGAGUUGAAUAGCUCUUAUUACAACUUCAUCCAACAAAUCCUUCAAAUUGUAUUAACCAAUUUUUGCAAUUACAACUGUAACGUCAAGGCUUUGGUCAUCUCCGUGUUUACUCAACUUCUGGUGUUCGAGGCGCCCUUUCUCUCGAAUGUGUUGAACACACUCUUUGUGACAUUCUGUGACAAUAUUCCAGAUGAUGUCGAAUACCGAAUGUCUGUGUGCACCUUCUGCACGAUGUUGCCAUCGAUGAACACCAAAUAUGGGAGUGCUAUACCCGACAUCAACAACGUCUUAAAAAUCACUGACGUGUUCUUCCAUGAUGUACACGACAAAGUCUUUGUCGAGGCUCAUGAAAUAGUUUUGGCUUAUGUCGAGUUCUAUCCUGAGCAAGUCGUCCAAUUCUUAAUCAAUGAAAUGCCACUUCUGUACAAGAGAUGUUUACUUACAGACGCAUUAAUUAGAGUCGAAGAGGAGAAUGAAGCACAGAGGAAGAAAGAUGGGGUGCUUCUUCAAGACGAUGAAGUGGAUAACAGCGUUCGUGGGUGCACCUUUGCAAUGUUCGACGUGAUUAACUCGACAUUUGGCGAUGACGUUAUACUUCCAUUUAUACAGAGUUGGGUUGCUGUAUUCCGGAAUGAAUAUCAAGUGAGUCACGACUGGAAGUGUCUUGAAUUGCUCCUGAAAUUCUUAGCGGAUUCCUCCGUCUAUUUGGACACCGAAAGAUUCUUAAAGGCGAUGCCUGAAUUGGCUGUGUUACCCGUGCAAAAUCUGAAUAGUGAAAUACCACUGAUUAAAGUGAGUUGUUUGGAGUAUAUUGGAUACAACCCUUUGAUAGUGUCGUCGAACAGUAAAGAGAUAGUGAACCAAAUCUACCAAUACUUACUCAGAAACAUCGGAGAUACUAAUUACACUGUUUCAUGCACUGCACUGCACACUCUUGCGAAAUUGGCAGAUUCUAAUGUGUUUGAGGAACACAACGACGAGCUUUUAAAAAUGUUUGUGCCGAUGGUACGACGUGCGAAGGGACAAGUCUUAUUCAAUGUGUGUGAAUUGAUAACGAAUGUGAUCAGUUUAGACAGAGAUCAGUAUAUAAAAUACCAAGACGACAUUCAAAAAGAGUUGGCGCAAGCCAUUUACGAGAACAUGGGGAGUGAGGAUUUGGUCGACAUGUGUUUGACAACGAUAUUUAGCAAUGUGAUGCUAUUCGAGAGGACCACAAACGAGUUAUCGAGUGUUUUGAUUAAACUCUCAUUCGACACAAUUUCAAAUUACUUAGGAACUGAUGACAUUAUAAACCAAAGUUUAAGACUCCUCUCGCGAUUAUAUCAGCAGAACACAGACUUCGUUUCGAAUUUCAUUAAUACCAACAAAGACACCUUUUUCAAGUUGUUUGAAUUGUGUUUGCCAAAUGACAAUGGGAAAGUCAUAGAAGACUCUUUUGGGUUCUUGGGAGACAUAGUCGAGAAGUGCAGUCAAUUUGUAUUAGAACAUAAAGAGUACUUCAUGCAAGUCUCAAUGAAAAAGUUGAAGACAUUUAAAGAUCGAACAAUAUGUUCUGUUGUGUGGUAUUUAGUUAUGGUUGAAACGUUCCUCCCACAUAUUAUUAAGUCUGUAUUACCAGACAUUCUAUCUGCUUUAAUACAGACUUUACAGUCAAAAACUAUCGAUGAAGAUGUUCAGAAGAAUGUCUUGCUCUUCUCCGCAAAGGCCAUUUCAAUUGAUCCAAACAGUGUUUUGCCCUUCUUCCAAUUACUUACGAACAACACUUUUAAAAGUGUGUUGCAGAUCAAAAGAAAGUUAUUUGUCUUCGAGACACUCGUUAACUUUGCCGGAGUGAUAAUCAAGUACCCCGAUCUGUUUCUUGUCAACAAAGAAGUCCUUCUCGUUGUCUACAAAACCGCAUCAAGUGCCUUUCCGGAGUUAUCGGAAGUGUGUCAGAAAGUGCUUUCGUCGCUAUCAAAGUGA